AGAAAGUAGAAUGAUAAGGUGUCCCAUCUUUCCCCAACGUACUAUAACUCAAGGAACAUACAUGUCGUGCACGUAAUGACUGAUUUUAUGGCUGCAAUUUUCACUUUUCAAUAUAUAUGUUUAUUCAAUAGGAGUUACAAUCAAAGUUUUAUUAUAACUUGUGACUAAAGUAAUUCCUGAAAUAUGCGAUAAUGAAUCUAUCUCAUGCACAGCUGUGUUUAAUUCGGAACAAAUUAACUAGAAAGCAUGUCAAUCAAUUGGAUAAGUAUAGCGGGGUAUUGGGUCCUGAUUGGAAAUGCUAUAUUUCAUUUGGCGUGAAUAAAUAGAGUGUAGACUUUUAAUAAAACGAAACAAAUGAAACGUAGGUUAUGAUAGGACAUGUCUGAUUUCUUUGUUCCACAUUUCAAGUAGUGUGCACUAGCUAUAAAAUAUUGAUAUAUAGACAAACACUUCAUAAUAUAAGGAAUGUGGGCGUAACUUGGUCAAUAUACAGUUAAAAUUUACAAAAAGUAAGAACCGAGUAAAUAUUGUGCACAGAUAAAAUCAUUAUCGAAAAAAUGUGUUGGAUUGAGUAACUUAUUAAUUAAAUCGUUCUGAGAAUUUAUAGAGCCAUGCCUUCAUAAAAUCAAAUCAUAUUUAGUUAUGAUAUCAAAAGCUUUCUUAAACAAACGUUUUAAGAUUAAAACAAAUCCAAACUUGACAAAGGUUCUAAGAGGGGAAAAAGUUUGGCUGCUUAUAUUAUGCGACGUUUUAAGUAAAGUGGGCGUUUAGACUAUUCCUUGUUGUGGCUAUAAUUCAAAUAUGAAACCGCUAACUUCGGUUUUUCUGCUUGUGCUUCUAUGCUGUAUGUUUGAAACAAACGAAGCUUGGGGAAGACGACGACGCAGAAGAGCACCUCCACCAAGAGUUAACUGUGCUGUUUCCGGUUGGGGCGAGUGGGGACAGUGCAGUCAGUCAUGUGGAGAAGGUGUUAUGACACGAAGUAGAAAAAUAACAAGACAUCCAAUGCAUGGUGGGACUGCAUGUCCUACACUCAAGAGCUCUGCAUCAUGCACUGUACGACCGUGCCCUGUGUUUAGUUGCAGCUGGACAGCUUGGGGAAAUUGGUCAGAAUGCUAUUCAUGCUCUUCAGAAAGGAGCCGAUUCAGGAACGUGUCAGUUGCUGCAAUGUUUGGUGGGGAAACAUGUGUCGGAAGAGACUACCAAAUAGAUAGAGGAUGCCCACAAGAUAAACCUUGUACAACUACUUGUCCAGAAGGUUACUUCUCUUGCGCAGACGGUAUUACAUGCAUAAAUUCAAAUCUGAUAUGUAACGAUGAUGACGACUGCACUGACAAUUCCGACGAACUAGAUUGUGGCUCGAAAAUCACUUCACCGUGUGCGGAUAACCAGUAUUCUCAUAUCCCUAAUAUAGGGCUGGCAGGAGCAGGGUUUGAUAUUACUGAAGGUAAAGUAGCCGGUCAAAUACUUGACAACAAUCGUUUCAACGGCCGGUGCAUUCUGAUCCGCAGUGGAGACCAUAUGACAGUAUUUCGUAAACCGGCCAACGUACAAUAUUACGGAUUUCAGGUAAACGUAGAUUCAAGUUUCUCCACAAGCGCUUAUAACAGCGCUGAGCAAUAUGUGGAAGAAGAAAAAAGAAGAACAGAUGAUAAGAUAAAUACAGGAUCAUCUGUUGGCUUUCCUGGGUUUGGCAGAGUGUCAGUCCAGUCCAGUUUCACCAAGAACAGCAACAUGAGGAAGAUAGUCAAACAAUCAUCGAAUAAAGAUGCGAAGUUUUUUAGAGUUUCAAGUACUGUAAAACUUGCACAAUUCAGCAUUGUGAGAGGGAACUAUAUUCUAUCACACAAUUUCCGCCGUCGUUUACGAAACCUCCCAGAACACUACGAUUACUUGAAAUACCUUCAAGUUAUCAUCGAUUUUGGGACCCAUUUCUGCUCUGCCGGGACGCUGGGCGGAAAAUACGAAUACAUCUACCGAUAUUCCAAGUCUCAACUUGAAAAAUCCAAACUGUCCGAUUCGGAGCAAAGACAUUGUCUGUCUAUGGAAGCAUCAGUCAAGUUCUUUGGUUCGGGCGUGAGUGGUGGUUCUACUUCAUGUUCGAGCAACGCGUUGUCUCAAUCUCACGGAAGCAGUUUUACGAAAUCAGCGGAAGACGUGAUUUCAAAUGUCAUCGGUGGAUAUUCUGGCAAAGCAGCAUCGUUGUCGUUCAGCAACGAUCCGAACGACAACGAUUACGACGCGUGGGUUGAAACUGUGAAGCAUAACCCCAGUAUCAUAGACUACGAGAUCACGCCGAUGAGCGCAGUUAUAACUAAUCCAACAAAAAGGCGUAACAUGGAACGAGCGUUGUACCUCUACAUGGCAAAGUACGAUGUUGUUGCUUGCAAAGGCAAAUGCUACAACGGAGCUGCAAAAAUUGUCACUGACAAUGGAAAGACAUGCACCUGUCUUUGUAAAUUUCCAUACACUGGUGUAGAUUGCCAUAAUGAGUAAACUUAUGUAUACGCUUAAUGCUGGUACAAUGUACGCAUAUAUAAACGGCAUAAUUUUGAAAUAAAUGGCAUAUUUUUAACUAAUCAUCAUGCUUUAACACAUUUGCAAUCAAUCUGCUAUUAAUAAACUGUGAGCAAUAAACUGUUGCUUUCAAAAUAUUCUGCUAAUCAAUACAAUUUGUAAACGUA